AUGGGAAAACAAAAGACCGUCGUAUCGGAUAAGAGGCCAAGACAUCCUCGCGGCAGCACCAAAGGUGGUGGCGGUAGACGUGGUAGACCCAAAGGCAGGCCUUCGCAGUCAGCGACACCAACACCUGGGACGUCACAGAAUGGAGCAUCUCAGAAGUUGAUGGUCAAAGUCAACAUGGGACUAGAUCCUCCAAGUCCGCAUUCGCAUGCGACCCUGCCGCAUGAUGGCCACAGAGACCAAGAUGAUGGAUUUCCUCAGCAACUAGCACAGCCGGCGCCGGUCACGACUCGUACUGGACGGGCGAUUCAAAAGCCACAGCAGUACGACGCUAUACAGGGCAGCGACAUUGAUUUGUUCAUUGAUCAGAAUUCAGAGGACCAUGGAGAUGACGACAGAAUGUUUCUGACAAGUGACCCACCUUACGUCUCACACAAAGCACAAGAGCACCUCCAGCAGCCGCCAAAAACAAGAGGUCGCCCGCCCAAGAAUAACACUUCGUUCGGCGCUUCUGUGGUUAAAGUGAAUGAAGAGAGCGCAGAAUCUCCGUUCCUCCAAAACCUACCAGUACCAUCUUUCCCUGCAGAUCCUGCCCAAUUUGUAGCCGAUGCGGACGUAUACGCCAUUCUAGACGCCCUUUAUAGCACCACAAGAACCUUUAUCGACCUUCCCAGCUUCAGCAACGCCUCCGAUCCUGAUCACGCCCAACCCUACAGCGCCAAAGCCCUCACACAACUCUACGUUCUCUGCUACCGGAAACAGCGAUGGAAUCUCUGCGAUAUGAUAUCCGAUACCUGGAUACGCGCUUUUCAUGACAUGCGUAAGAAAGAUCAGCAGAAGCCUCAAACCCAGACAUGGCGUCCCAAUCCCGCUCUCGACCGACGUAAGCGUAAAGCACAAGAGGCCUUGGCAAAGGGUCACUAUAUUCCCUCGGAAUUCGAUGCAGACCCAAAGAAAUAUGGUCUUGUUGUCACAGAUCCGGAGCUCGAGAAAGAUGUCACAUGGAUCAACACCGAUCUUCUAAAUCUCCUUUACAAGUUCACGUCUCCAGGGUGCGGCGCAAGGUUUCUCUGGGCCGAUGCUUUAGCUUUGUUUGGUGAUAAAGCUGAGGAAGUUAUUGGAGAAAUGACGAGGGAGGGAUUUGAAUUACACCCAGACCUUCUGUUCAACAUUAUGCAGACUAGUCUGCGUAUGUGUCGGAGGAACCUUACACUGAAGAUUGAAGAGAGCACGGAAGGUGCGUGGUGUAAGCGAUAUCACGAGCAUGGCAAGAAUGGACAGCGUUGUUACCGGGAGUUGGCGUCGAAGAACGGGGAAGCCGAGGGAGGUUUGCGAGACACGAGUUUGAAUGUUAGAGAGAUGCGAGGCUCUAUAGAUCAGGAUUUGCUGGAUCGGUUUGGGGAAGGAUUGGAAGACGAGCAGGGUACUGCUGAGGCGAUUCGAGGGGAAAAGAGAGGUCCUGUGGAGAGUGGCAACUUUGGUCUGAACAAGCGGACUACUUGGAAUGGGGAAGAAGAGGAUGCCGAGGGGGUCUCUGAAGACGAGUGAGCUCUCUAUGAAAGUGGCCUGACAGCAGUAUCGAAUGGUUCAUUUUCUGUGUCAAUUCCCGGGUCGGCCUAGUCCGAUCAUAUAGCCAUCCUUCCGAAAUGAGGCCAUCGCUUGCCUAUCUUAGCAUGCAAUGGAUAUUUGGUGAGG